AUGCCUGAUGAUCAGGAUUCUUCUCUUAAUCCAAACUCUGCAUAUUAUCUCAGCAACAAUGAUCUUAAUACCUCGAAAUUGGUUAACAUAGUAUUUGAUGGCAAAUGCUUCAAUGACUGGAAAAGGUCUAUGGUGAUUGCUUUAUCUGCUAGGAACAAGUUGUGUUUUGUUGAUGGAACUAUGAAUCAGCCAGCUGUUGGAUCAAUAAACUUCAGAAUUUGGAACAGGUGCAACGAUUUGGUAAUAUCCUGGAUGCUAGGAUCUCUUGAGGUUUCAAUUGCAAGGAGUGUGCUAUACUUGAAAACUGCUAGAGAAAUCUGGUUGGAUCUUGAGGAAAGAUUUUGUCAAUCUUCUGGUCCACAGUUGUUCACAAUACAACAGAAACUUUGUGAUCUGAAUCAAGAAGAUGAUGAGCAAAUUUCAAGUUUCUUUACCAAGAUCAAGCUUCUUUGGGACCAGCUUGAUGGCCUUGAUCCACUUCCAUCAUGUGUUUGUACUGGUUGCAGCUGCACAUUAACUCAAAAACUUUUGAAAUCUCAACAUGAUCAGAGGUUAAUACAAUUUCUGAUGAAGUUGAAUCAGAAAUAUGAUCAUUCAAAGAGCACUAUUCUUAUGAUGUCUCCAUUGCCAACAAUUUCAAAGGCAUAUGGACUACUCCUGCAAGAAGAGCAGCAGAAAGAAGUCAACAGCAACAGGACUCAUAAUAUGGAAUCAACUGUGUUUACUGCAAGGAAGUUUACUGACAAUAGACCAUAUAAAUCUACCUAUGCUUCUAACUCUGGUAGUUUUGGUGUUCAGAAUGCAAGCAGUGGAAAUCAGCAAAGGAAUUUUACCUAUUCUAGAAAUAAUCUGUACUGUGAACAUUGCAAGAUGAAAAACCACACUGUUGACAAGUGUUGGAAACUACAUGGCUAUCCUAAAGAUUUCAAAGGCAGAGGAAAAAGAGUAGCAGCAGCAGCUCAGUUGGAAGAAUUCACUGAGAAAGAAAACCAAAUUGAGUCAGACACAGGAGUUGUUCAUGCAACUUUCACAGAAGAGCAAUACAAUCAGCUUUUAAGCUUUCUCAACACUCAGAAAACUGCUAAUCAAGCUGAACACUCAGGCUCUAGUUCACUUGGAUUAGCAACUGCUACUCAGCUGAGAGAUAGUGGAGCAAGUGAUCACAUGUGUUCAGACAAAAGUAUGUUCAGCAAUCUAGAACCAGUUGAUGAUAAGUGUCAUACAAUCACAAUUCCUAAUGGUGCAGAAAUUCAAGUAACACACAAAGGCACAGUUGAUCUAGGAAGAAAUAUAACACUUAGGAAUGUGUUGUUUGUGCCAGGACCUUUCCAAGAACAAGCACAUUCUGCUUGGUAA